AUGGAACCUAACAAACGGGCUACUCGAUUUAACAUUUUGAAAGCCCAAGCGCCUUCUCUUGUACAGACUAAAUUUCCCGAGGAUACAGAUGAUGGUGCUCAAAGUUCAUUUAAACGACUAGAACUCCCUGAAGCGCAGCAAAGUCGACCUCGUAAGAUUGUAAAAACACGCUCUGAAAUGAUCACAGAAUCGGGAGCAUUGGGUCCGGUUCUGCAGAAUGGCUCACCAUGGGAUAUCUACAAAGUCAUUUUCACAUGUGAGCUCGCUGGCAAAGUAUCUAUCUGUGAGAACCAUCGCCAAAAUUCCCAAUUGGUAGCUUUGAGGACCACAACAAGGCUAGAGGGGGUAGAACUACUCAAAAAAUAUGUUCGCCUUAAUCAUAUCAACAUACUUUCGGCCAUGGAAUACUUCAAGGAGGAUACGUCGCUUCACUUUGUUGUUGAAGAUCUACCAGUCACUCUAGAGCAUCUAGUUGCUAGCGAUGCCUAUCCCACCGAGGCUCAACUAGCUUCAAUCCUCAAGCAGGUUAAGAUCAUAGACGGUUUGUCCCAUCUGAUUGACCAUGGCUAUCAACAUCCGGGUCUAAAAUGCUCCACAAGUCUAAUCAGUCUCGACGGAGUUGUGAAGAUUGGUAUGACCUUUGAUUUUUGA